AUGGGGGAAAUGGCAAGAAUAGUGUGCAAGCACCACUACAUAACAAUAUUCACUUCCCAUUCACUUUCCACCUUGAUUUAUUCCUGGCGUAUCAGUUUUUGCCAGGCUCUGUUAUCUGGAGCAAUCGUUUUGAACUUGCUCAUCCUAUAUUAUGUGUCACGGGCCCAGCAGCAGAUGAUAGAGAAGAGUCGAGAACAAGGGAAGGGCUUAAAGAAAGCUUCUCUGCCUGUUUCAGGACUUGGAGCUAUGGGUAGUCUGUUAGGUGGAAAUAUGGUUGGCGGCAUUAAAGUUGGCGCCCUUGAUGUCAACUUGCGUGGACCCCGGGUGACAAUCCUUGUUCGCGAGUUUGAAGACUUUGAGAACUAUGUUGUUGAUGUGGCACGCUCCUUUUUGCGCCAGAGACCAGAGGUGCCCUUCCUUGCAGUGUCCGUCACUCCACCGUACCCUCCUCUGGAUCUUCCAGAGGGAGCUCGUCUCCUGGUGUUGUCCCCGAGCCCUGAUCAGCCUCCACAAACUCACCGGCCUGAGUUCAAUGUGCAGACAGAGUUUGCUUUGUUGGUUCCAGAUGGUCUGGAGCUGGACCAUGGCCGACAAGUGGAGCGGCUUAUCUUGGAGCUAGAAGGGGAGGGUGGCGGGCCAGUUCGGCUGGUUGCUGCCCCUGUGCUGGCCCGCUCGGCAGUGCAGUGCCUGCAACUGCGAGUUAAUCUUCGGGAAUGGACGGCCACAUACACCCCUGCAGCCUCGGGGAGCAGUGAUAGGGUCUGCACAGCCCUGCAGGGUGACGCUGUAGUUCUUAUCCGUACCGAGGACCUCUUCAAUCUCUCGGUUCCAUUAGGGCGCCCCGUGAUGUCUUCCUUGUUUGUACAGACGUCACUGCGGGGCUGGAAGGUCAAGCUUCUUGAAGGACCUUCGUUCUCGGCUAGUCAUCGCCCGCUGUUUAGCUCGGCACAUAACCAGUGGAAGGCGGACAGUCGCUUAAAAGAUGCCACCAAUCACCUAAUGCACAGUUUUGGCAUAAAGCGCAUUGUGCUGCCUGAUGGCCGAGAUCAGUGGUUUGGUUGCAGCAAGGAGACGCCGCGAUGCUUUGGAACAGUGCGUGAUGACACUCCUGAAUACCUUUAUCUAGAGCGCUGGACUCCACCUUGUUGCUUGCGUGCCCUUGGAGAGACCACUACAUAUGUUAUCAACAUCUUGGAGAGCUCAGGUGUGCGUUACUGGCUGGAAGGGGGUUCUUUGCUGGGAGCCGCACGACAUCAAGUCAUAAUUCCCUGGGAUUAUGAUGUGGAUUUGGGCAUCUACCUGGAAGAUGUUCCGAAUUGCGACUACCUUAAAAACCUGGACUCUGGAUCGCUGGUCGAUGCUAACGGCUACUUAUGGGAGCGAGCGGUAGAGGCCGAUUUCUACCGAAUUCAGUACAGUGAAGCUAACCAUCUGCAUGUGGACUUGUGGCCCUUCUAUCCCCGAAAUGGUGUCAUGACCAGGGACACUUGGACUGAGCACAAGCAAGACGUGGAGUUCCCAGAGCACUUCUUGCAACCUCUGGUGCCAGUGCCAUUCGCCGGCAUCACUGCUUAUGGUCCUAACAACUACCGUGACUUCUUGGAACUCAAGUUUGGGGAAGGAGUUAUUAAAAACCCUCAGUAUCCCAACCCUGCCAAGAAAAGGCUGGACAGAAGUCGCACGUUAGGAUCGUAGCAAGCAGUAAUGUUGAAGGUGUGCUACAAUCACACUUCACUGAAUUUCUGACUUCUGAAUUCUUUUAAACUUUGUAGAAAAUCACUACAAGAUAGGUCUCAGACCAUAUCUGAACACUCGAAUGUCAGUAUUUCUUGGCAAUUGUAUUUAUUUGUGUGUGUUUGGUUUGGGUAAUCAUGACUAAAUAUACAGCAUGUGAACAGGCUGAUAAAGUCAAAGAUUAUUUAGUAAGUCCAUGUAAUGUUUGACACUGCAACGUCUGAGGAGUGGCACAAUGACUUGAAAGAUCAAAGCUUUUGCAUUAAUACACCUACUGUGUAUUAACAUCCACAUUUUCUAUAGCAGUUUUAUUGAAAAGAAAGUUAGCAUUUUUUUUUUUUAUUGAAUGGUGAUCAAUGCCACAAUUUGAAAGAGCCUGCAUCAUUGCAUCACUUCAAAAUAAUUAAGUGCUUGCGUUUGGAAAUCUGCAGUUGACGGUAGAACUCAAAGUGCAUUUAUUCAGAGGACAAGUUGUUGAUUUAUGAUCAUAUGUGCUCAUGUGACUCAUUUAAUAAACAAACCCAGACAAACUCAUUGAAACAUGAACUUUAAAAGGACUCAACUGCUUUUCAACUCCACUGGCGUAAUGGUCAUUAUUAUACCACCAUAUUGGAUUUUUUUUUCAUGUGUCAUGACAUUGGUGGAUUCUGAUGUCAAGUAAGGUCACUCUGACUUUCAUGUUUUGUUUUUAAGAUAAAAUGGUAUUAUGGUUCUGACUGGAAGGAAACUGUUACACAUGCUAUUGAAAAGAAGCUACUGUUUAGGCACACAUUCACUUUACUGAUUGAUAUGUGCACAAGUAAUUUUGUGUUAGUUAUUUUGACUGAAUACUGUCCAAACAUUGUCUAGUAAAUGGUCUUUCCCUCUGUUCUUUUUCUGUUUUAUUUUUAUUUAAAUGUAAAGUAUGUUCCACCAUAAUAACCUCAUACAUUCAAUAUGUUUAAUGUUUUAAGUGUCCCCAUAUUGAGUAUUCGUUUACAUUGAGGGCUUUUGUUUCAAUGGAAAUGUUGAUAAAGCUGUUUUUUUGUUUAUUGUUUGGUUAAGUUACACAUAUUAUUACAUGUGUUUAAUGUAAUACAAGUUCAUACGUUAUAAAUUAAUAAUCUGAUUCGGUUCUUGAAAUACUUAAACUUUGAAAAAACUAUCAAACUAACCAUGUGACAAACCAAAUAUCUUGUUUCUUAACAUGUGUCAGUCUAUCUCAAUUGUCUGCAAAUAAACAACCACACAGAAUGAGUUGUAUUUUGAUAGUUCAUUUUAGAAAAAUGCAUAUGUUGCAGGCAAGCACUGAUAGUAACUUCCAAAUGUUUCAUAAACCACAAGGUGGUGCAAUAAGCUUUGGAGCCCUCAGAUGUGCUGACCCUUCAAACAUGCUGAUUUCUGAAAUGUUACCCAGUUUGUUUUAUAUAAUAUUGUUACUAAUCAGAUCUUAAAAGCCUCUUACAUUAAAAUGCAUAACAUCUUAAAAAUGAUGUUUGUAUUUACAAAUAUACGUAACGGCUUUUUCAGUGCAUUAGGAAUGCGUUCAAGAAUUGUAUAUACACAAGUAUCAUUCUGACUGAAUAAAACCUAAAAAGUCAUUAAUAAACACC